CAAGAUUGCAGAUUUUGGCAUGGCACGGCUCUCUCCUGAAGAUCAAACAUAUGUUCACACCCGUGUAGCUGGUACCAAUGGCUACAUGGCGCCAGAAUAUGUCAUGCAUGGCCAUUUAUCCACGAAGGCAGACGUAUUUAGCUUUGGGGUUUUGGUUCUGGAGCUGAUCAGCGGACAGAAGAACUCAACAUUUAACCUGGAUCCUGAUUCCCAGGAUCUACUUGAAUGGGCAUAUAAGCUUUACAAGAAAGGUAGGAGCUUGGAUAUUAUGGACUCUAUAUUGGCAUCAUCAGCAGUUCCUGAUCAGGUAGCAUUGUGUAUACAGAUUGGGUUGCUUUGCACCCAAUCCGAUCCACAGUUACGACCCACCAUGCGUCGUGUGGUGGUGAUGCUAUCAAAGAGGCCAGCCAUCCUUGAAGAACCAACUCGACCUGGAUACCCUGGUACAAGGUAUAGAAGAUCGCGAAGGGCCACCGCAGCAUCAUCCUCUACUGCCGGAACUUCCAGUGAAUCCAGUUCUCGUACGUUUGGUUCCUCCACCAGUGCCACUGCGAGCACUGCAACCUUUACAAGCCCAAGAUUAUACGAUCCUCAUGGAAAACGCCCCAUGAAAGGUUAGGUCGAUUCUUAUAGGAGAGUUUCUUGUUCAUUGUGCAUAAUAGUUUUUUGGUGUUAAAAAAAAUUAUGAUGUUACUUUUUUGCUAUGUAAAUUAUUAGGGGAUGAGUUAAAAGAAUGCUAAGGUACGAUUAGGGUACCAAUUACUUGGAGUAUACAUGAAAAAACAAAGUUCAUUAUUUUUUAUAGGAUGGGAUUAUUUGUUAGUUUUCCAUUUUUCUUUUUUUUGUGUCAUCGAGCACUUUGUUCAUGUGUGAGCGGGUGUUAUAGUUUGUCCGAUG